AUGGAUAAUUUAAACAAUCUUCCAUCAGAGAUCAUAUCGGAUGUUCUUACUCGUUUACCCGCUCAAUCAGUUCUAGAUGGCAAAUUGGUAUCCAAGAUAUGGAGAGAUCUCAUUAAGCAUCCAUUGUUCUAUAAGAUGCACACAAAUCGUCUCAUCAAUCAUUCCGCAACAUCAGCUUAUUCUACUGAUUCUGGUGAGUUCGGUUUUCUUGCCUUGGCUGAGAAUAAAAAGUUCUACUAUUUUGAAUAUUUUGGGAAUCGUAAGAGACCCAUAAGGAUCAGUCUAACACCUCCAAUUCAGUACUAUGAAUAUACCUAUGUUGGUUCGUUUAAUGGUUUGAUAUGUCUAAGGGGGGUGGGAGAGAAUAUUUGUAUUUAUAACCCCAUGACAAAAGAGUACGUUUUUCUUCCUCAUCAUAAGAUCGAUCUUAAUCGGAUUGAUCAAAGGUGGUCUGGAUUUGGUUAUCUUCCUUCAACCAAUGAGUACAAAGUUGUUUUAAUGUAUAAGGUGCCCAAAUUUGUGGUAGUGAUGGUGUACACACUUGGCAGUGGUAAUGGUUGGAGAACCAUUGGAGAAUUCAAACUUAAAUCUGACUAUGUCUUCCGCGGAAAUGGUGUCUUUGCGAAUGGAGCUCUUUAUUGGAUGCAUAGAGAAAAAAGGACUAUUCUGGUAUUUGAUUUGGCUGAUGAAAUGUUUCGUGAUCAUCUUUCAACACCUCCUUUGCCAACAGACAGUUCAUUAGGAUCUUUCGGUGGAUUUUUAUUUUCUGCACAUGGAUGUUUCAAUCAGGUCACUAAAAAGUACAUGUGCUCUGAGUUAUGGCUGUAUAAAAAGAAGAAUGAUAACUAUCACGCGAAAGAGCAAGACCAACACCAGUCGUUUGGAUGGACUAAAGAUUUAAUGGCUGCAGCCAACAUACCGUUGGUAUUAAAGAAGAGUGGUUGGGUCUCAGUAUUCCCUCAUAAGAAUACGUUUGUUUCCUUGGAAGAUUUAGGAGAAGAAGGUGCACAAAUAAUGCAGCGUUGA